AUGCUAAUUUCAGGGCUUUUAGUAAGGUUGUCUCCAUCAUCUUGUAUCGUGAAGGGUGGAUCUGAAGAAAUCCCUUUCCCUUUGCUCUUGCUUUCUGACAACAAAUUGCUCCUUCUUUUGUAUGACACUGAGCAAGACAAAUUAGUAAAUGAGCUUAUGAUUUAUCCAAGCAGUGGUGCAGUUGAAACUCUUGCCUCUUUAAACAACUGGACCAACAUUCACAUGGACAUUGAAGUUUUAAGACUGGGUUUGAGUAACAGGAAGAUUUAUACUGUACAGUUUUACCUGAAGACACUUUUUGAAGGUUUUUGUCAGCAAUGGAAUGCACCUUUAUCUGAAAAUUGGUUGGAAAAAGUUAAGAAAGAGAGUUCCAUGUGGAGUAAUAUACUGCACAUGGUAUUGGAUAAUAUAAAGGAAAACCUGAAUGACAGCUUUUCUUGUCAAUAUGCCCAACAGUUACUGCAGAUUGUGAUCAGUAUGGUAAUUCAAAUAUUAGAAGUCAUCCAAAGCAAAAAGUCAGAUGAGAACCUUUUUCUGGGUAGUGAGAAAACUUCAAUUUUGAAGAAGUUUUCUUCAUUUCUUCUGGAAAUGAGGAAGUUGCUUCGUGAGGAAAAUGCUUCGUCUUCUGUAGCAGCUCAUGAUGAGGAAGAUGUUUCCAGCAUGCGCAACACAUUCAACAUCACACUUUUAAGCCAAUGGAGGAAAUGGGAAAAUCUGGAUUAUGAGGAUAUAAUUCAAGAUUCUCUUUUAAAUGGAACCAUCCCUAUGGCACAGUCAUAUUUCUUUAGCUGUGGUGAAAAUCAAGCCCUGUGUUCCUUUAAAUAUUUUGAAACAGCGAGUGAACAUUUCAUUUACAGCUACUUACGACAAGGCCUUAUGGAAGAAACACUUACAGUGCUGCUAAAUAUGGGAAUUAAUGUUAAUUCCAAACUUGUGGAAAUUUACAAAUCAACUCCAGAAAAAGAUAUCCGCUCCCUUUUGUCCAGUGAACUCCAGAAACGAGAAUUAUUGUCUGAAAAGGAUGCCGAAAUUCUUCAGUUUGUGUCUCUUCUGGAGAAUUUAUAUCCGUGUACAUCAUUUGAACAUGCUCGCCUAUUGUUGAAUGAAAAAUGCUCUGUUCUGGAAACAGAGAUGAACUGUGCAACACCUGAAAGUGAGGAAGUGCUUCCUGUUGGGGAUUUCAUGCCAUUUAAUCUGGACAACAGUGAAAGUGGAGCAUAUUGCCGCAUCAUCAUAAACUGGCUGGUAACUUGGGACGACGACGUCAAGAGUCGCAUUUUGUCUCCACAGAUUUUGAAGAAUUAUCCAGUCUUAGACUUCUUCUUUUCCAAAGAAGGUAAACAUAUUGAAAUUAAUCCAGUUUCCGUGUGGUAUUAUUUACUUGAAAAUGGCAACCUUCCGUACUUGACUAACUGGGUCGAAGUCUGGCUGGGAAUACAACCGAAGAGCUCCGAUGGUUUUUCUUUGUGGGAGAAGUGGCCUCUCAAUGAAGUGAUGAUCAAUGCCAUCCCUGAAAAAGCUCCUACUCAUGUUUCUGAGACACUUUUGAACAAAUUGGCUAGGUUUGGAAUAUUUUGUGAAGAAGAAUUGGAAGAUAUCUCUAUGUUCUUAACUCGCAUCGGCCAUUCACAGUGUGACAUUUAUAACAUGGAAAUAUUUACCUCAGACAAAGCUUCAUUAUCUUUCUCCGACCUAUGUCAUCGUCUGGUCCACUAUUGCCUCAAACAUCAAUUGAUUCAUUUCCUCUACAUCUUCUUGUCAAGAAACCUGAGAAAGUUCACUUCAUGGCCAUUAUGUCGUUUAUGUGAUGUUCCUCUUUUGAAGUUGACCAAAGCUUAUUGCUGGUGGUCUCAAAGUCCUCAGUCUGCUCACUUGGCUUAUGAUGCAAUCGUUGGCACUGCUCAAUAUAUAUACAAGCUCCCUAGCACUUCUGCUGUUGAACUUUUCACAAAUGUUCCCAUACCACUGUCCAUAGGGACGUCUCUCUUUAAAUCUCAAUCUUUAAUGGAGACUAUCAACAAAAUCCAGAAAUCUUCUCCUGAGUCAGUUGACAGAGUCAAGGGGAAUUUUCAACCAUAUCCUGUCUUGUACAAUUAUCUAUUUAAAAGUGAAGAGGAAAGAUUAGAAUGCGAUGUUACAGUUUAUGAUCUGCUAAAGGGAAGCACAGUGUUUGAUACCACUCAACUUUUUGGCUGGCAGUCUGCAAAUACAUUAAAGUCAGAAGGGUUACCUUUCCCUACAAAACCCUUAGUUUUAAAUCUGAUUUACAAUCCAAGUGUAGUAAUAUAUUACAAGUAA